AUGAGUCUUGUUCAAGAGCUGAUGCCGGACCACUGUACUUUAGAGAUUUCCAGUUUCUUGAGGCAGGAGCAGAACUUGAACUGGGAGUUUGAGCACGGUAUGGGGUCUGCAUUUGGUAAGAAAGCUAUCAUCCAUGAACACUAUACAGAGGCUCAGCGCUCAACGAGGUCAGUGAUGCUAGGGGAUCUCACGGGAGGCGCCGCUGCAAUCCGAUUUGCUCUAGAGGAGAGUACUACCCCAUACCGUGUUGCCUUUUGUGGUGGAAAGAGGCAGAUGAUACUCACCAAUGUCAAGGUCUUGAGCCCAUGUCUUGUUAAUUUCACAUGGCCAGAUGGGCUUGAAAUUGACAGACAUGCACUUACCAAAAUCAAGCAUACCUUUGAUCUGGGAUUUGAGUUAGCUGCACACAAGCGUGAUAUCAUGUGCUUGGGGCAGUCCCAUCAGUUACAGGCCAUCAUUAACGCUGUGCAAAAAAAGCAUCCACCACUUAGGCCUGAGGUGCAAUAUGCGCUUGAAAAUCUGGUGAAGUGUCAGUCUUCCAAGUCAAAGAAGCAGACCUUCCAAAACGAAGUUCCAUCCUCUGAGUCAUUGGCAGUUGCUUACUGGGGUUCUGAUGACGUGGAGGAAGCCAAUGAGAAUAACACAUUCAUCACGAAGAACAUGAAGUUUGUUAUACCUUCAUCGCAGGAUGAUGACCUACAUCUUGUUGAGGAGACAAAGGCCCGUGAGUGCAAAUGGAAGCUACUAGUGGAUAGUGCCGAGGGCACUGGAAAUGGCAUGUUGGAGACAGGUGACUCCGCAAAUAGGGUAAAUGCCAAGAUAAACGGUUUAGAAGACGGUGAGAAUAGAGAGAGAGGUCCUGAUGAAGGAGAAGUGGAGGAAUGUAAUAACCGAGAAGAUAAAGAGGAAUGCAUUCCUACUUCCCUGCGUAAUCCUGCUAAACCAAACAGCCCAGCUUUCCUUGAUCUUAAGGAUGAAGAGGAAAAAAGAUCUAAUAUCAAUGGCCCACAGAUUUUAGAAGAUAUCUGCUUGGAUGCACCUCCUGGUGCUUUACCCACAGAACUGCCCAUCUUGUCCCUUCAUGAUGCUGGUAUCGAUGAUGAUCUAGAGCCUCAAGCCACUACCUCAGGCUCUGCUAUGGUAAAGAAAACUCAAAAGUGUGGUCAUAACUCCUUGACAUCUUCUGACGAGUCCCACUAUGAAAGACCUGGCUCAAGCCAUCAUGAUAAGCACAGGAGAAAGUGUAGGCAGCUAGGCGAUCUAGGACGAUCUGGAAGCAGCACACUUAGGCAUUUCCAGGAUAAUGAUGACCUUACAAGCCAGCUUGGCUGA